CUGGGUAUAUCGUAGUAGACCGGUAGUAGAGACGUAACCUCGAAUUUUGUGCGCCGAGUUCGUUGUUUGUGAUUGAAUAGACAGGGAUUGUUGUUGUUGUGCCGGGAGACAGUGCGUCGCGCGGGAGGAUUUGAGUUUGAUUGGGGACUGUUUGUGCACUGUGCGGGGUGCGUUCAGCGCAUUCUGCGCUCUUUGUUGGCAAAAUUCGCGUCAAAAAUAGAGACCCAGUGCCCGUGUACGCUAUGGAAAUGGACCCGCAGGAACGCGAAGGGGAUUUGAGAGACGACAGUCCAGUGUCGCACAACGAUGAGGAAAUGAGCGAUGGGGAGCCCCACUCGGGGGGUGACAAUGAUGACCCCGACAGUUGUGACGAGAUGCGACGUCACGGGGGCAUGCUCGCCGAUCACAACGACGUGCUGGCCAAGCUCAAGAUGCAAGUUAGGGAGAUCAAUGGGAGGGUAAGCAAUGGUUUAUUCCCCUAUUCCAUUCAGGACGACUUCGAGAACCAAAGGAACCAGCUCAACUUCCCCUCGUUAAACAAUCGCGCCCAGGACGGCAUCCCUUUCCCUGUGCCCUUCCCCUUUCCCCACCCGGCCGCUACGUUCCUGCCCCCCAUGGCUGCCCCCCAGCCUCAGGCUCCCUCUUCGGGCAGCUCGCAUUCGUCGGAGGGCAGCGCCUCCUCGCAGCACACUUGGUCGUUCGAGGAGCAAUUCAAACAGGUGCGUCAGCUGUACGAAAUCAGCGACGACCCAAAAAGAAAGGAAUUCCUCGACGAUCUUUUCUCUUUUAUGCAGAAACGUGGAACUCCUAUAAAUCGUCUACCCAUAAUGGCCAAGUCAGUCCUAGAUCUCUACGAACUUUACAAUUUGGUGAUAGCACGAGGUGGACUAGUAGAUGUAAUCAACAAGAAGUUGUGGCAAGAAAUCAUUAAAGGGCUUCACUUACCAUCCUCCAUAACGUCGGCAGCUUUUACGUUACGAACACAAUACAUGAAAUACUUAUAUCCAUACGAAUGCGAAAAAAGAAAUCUGAGCACGCCGGCAGAGUUGCAAGCGGCUAUUGACGGUAACAGAAGAGAAGGAAGAAGGAGUAGUUAUGGACAGUACGAGCCAAUGUCCAGAUCACCUAAUCCACCUCACCAAAUCAGCCCCUUGACCUUAGUAUCGGCCGCUCAGCAACAGCAUCUCGCCAGGAUGACGUCAGCAAUGUCUGGAGGAAUGGGUUUGCACAAUGGAGUGCACCAUCCGAGUCAUCCGCAACCAAUCAGUCAACCGUUGAACGGCGGUCCUCUUCCCAAUUUGCCAAACUUGGCACCCAGCGAGUUUGAAGUUAGAAUGAUGGAAUACAUGAAGCUGUUGAAUAAAGAAAUCAGUUCGAUUUCUUUCAGGUCGUCAGCGGGCACGCCCACCUGCCAAGGCGAAGCCUCCCCGCCCAACGCUACCUCACCGCUCACUCCGUUCGAGGUGCAGCAGCGCAUGACCCUCUUCAGCCUCUACAACAACAACCAGCCCGCGCAGAUCGAGCCGCAGAAGGAGCCGAUGAACCUCUCAGAGCCCGCCGCGCAGCAGCAACAGCCUCUGAUUAAGAGGGAGCCCGAGUGUAGGGAGAGUUCGCCGCCACCCAAAAGGACGACGAGGGAGGAAGAGGAGCAGGUCAAGGGGUCACCGCCUGAGUCGCCCAUGCGUCCGGCCAGUACUCAUAUAAAAAUUAACAGUAGAGGUGAUUCCAGGAAUGGCGACAAUUCGUUAGUGGUAAGCAUGGAGAUCAACGGCAUCACAUAUCAAGGGGUCCUGUUCGCGCAGAGCUCCCAGGCAAGCUCUCACGCAGCGAUAGCUUCCUAAGUUACUUAAUAUAUUUGAAUAUGUGUGAAUCAGUGGACGAUUUUUUAUAUUUAUUUUAGUUCUCUAUGUUUUUUACAUAAAAUAGUGCGAGUGUUGAUAUUUUUAAAUUAAUUAUAAACUGAAGAUCCUAAGUCAAUCCUUAAUAGUAAAUUAAACAUUAAAAGAAUAUUAUGGUUUAUAAAUAUAUGUCACACUAUAGGGUGUCCGUUAUGUACAAAGUUGAUCAUUUCUCCCACAACGCCCUCUAUAUUUUUAGUUUACUGUUUAAACAAUUAACAGACCAUUGCGAACCCUUAAUAUUCACAAUAAACCUUGCCCCAAAGACGGGCUAAAAAACUUUUUGCAAAUAUUUUUUUUCUCUUGAUCUUGUUCUCUCGCAGCCAUGAUAAUCAGCAAUUAUCUUACAAUUUUUCGAUAAACCUACUCCUUCAAAAGUUAUUCGUACCAUUUAAGUACAGCUGAUCUAU